AUGAACAGCAUAGGUAGAGACUUUGAUAAAUGGGCUAGAAGCAAAGAAUACAGGGGAUACAUUUAUAUUCUCAGUUUUAAUAUUAAAUAUGAUGCUAAAGGUUAUUUUGUCUUAGCUAAUCCUCGAAAUCCUGACUAUCAUAAUCAAGAAAAUCUAACUAAAAAUCUAGAAAAAUAUUUUCCUCAGACCUAUCUUUACAUUGAUAGAAAAAUAGUUAGUGAACAAGAACAGACUGAUCUUAGCAAGUUUAUUCAGUCUGAGAGCAGUCAGCUAGAUCCUUCUAAAUUAUCUAAGGCUGGUCAUAGAAAAAUUGCUUAUUCUAGUAAAUCAUUAACAUAUAAUAAAAAAGUUGAAAAG